UAUCCACCAAGUCUAUGUGAGCUUUUCCAAUCAGAUGGAGGGAGCAGCACAAAGACAGAGAUAAAGCAAAGAAGAAAAUCAUUGCUCUGGAGAGACCUGGCAAAUUCCCCUUUACAACUGGUCACAGAAAUAUAGAGGAAGGACUUCAUCAUUUUACAGUAACAUACAUAGAGAUCCUCCAAAGGCAAUACCAUCGCUGGCUUCUGCUGCUGGCUCAAAAUGCUGUUUACUCUAGGACUUCUCCUCCUUCUCACCCCAUUUCCCUCCUUUCAAACCACGACCAAUGAGAAGAGAGACUCCACGGGAAGCAACGUGACCAAGCCCAAUGCCGUUUUCACCCUUUCAAAACCAAAAACCACUCCUGCGCUCGCCAAACAGACCGUUCGCCCCACCCUAAAACCAAACACAGUCAAUCAGACAGUUUUACCCACUCCAGCCACCAACCAAAAACCUUCAACAGUCAACGCUACAGUGGCCACCAAAAGCAAGGCCAGCCCAGCAGUAAUUCAAACCACUCCGUCAGCAGCAGUAAAGGCUGCUACAGCCAGUGGCACCAUCACCAACAAAGACAAGCACACAGUCUCAGUCAAUCAGACAGUUUUAGCUAAAUCUCCUUCAGGCAGAGAUGUGAGGACUAGCAAAGACAAGCCUGCCCCCUCCGGAGCUCCAAAGGUUCAGUCAGCACCCACAAAGUCUGCUUCAGCCAGCGGUGCUAAAACCACCAAAGACAAACUCCAGCCUUCAGUCAAUCAGACUGUUUCAGUGAAAUCUCCUUCAACCGGUGAUGGGAGGCUUGCCAAAGACAAGCCCUCCCCCACCGUAGUUCAAAAUGUUCUGUCAACAUCCACAAAGUCUUCUCCUGCCAGCAGUGCUAAAACCACCAAAAACAAGCCCACAGCCUCCGUCAAUCAGACUGUUGUAGCUAAAUCUCCCUCCACCAGUGAUGUGAAAAACCCCAAAGACAAGCCUGCCUCCAAUGCUGUUCAAACUGCUCGGUCAGCUCCAGCAAAGACGGCCACAUCUAGUGGUUCUGCAGCCGACAAAGAUAAGGUCACAGCGUCUGCCAAUCGGACCUCUGUUAUCAAGGCUCCCACCACCACCACCACCAAAGAAAAGCCUGCCCCUUCACAACCAAUCAAGGUGGUGAUAAGUGAUGGCUGUGAAUCAAGCAAAGCCAAGGAGCAGGAACUGAAGCUGAAGCCUGGCGCUCCUCUGGUGAUGACGCAUAAGAUCAGCUUGUUGCCUGGUGACUGCACCGGGGGAUGUGAGGCUGAGAUGACUGCACUGAAAGGACGAGUGGCCCGACUGGAAAGAGAAAUGUCCCUCCUAAAAGAGAAAUGUCCAUGUUCUGCAAAUUGUCCAGAUGACUGUAGCGGCAAUGGGGAAUGUGAGAAGGGGAAAUGUGUCUGUCAUCAGGGAUUCACAGGUCCAGACUGCAGUAAGUGUGUCCAAGGAACCGAGUGUAAUAAAAACGCUGCCAAAGGCAAGGCCAAGGAAACAGUGGAGGUGGUGACUCUGCAGAAAAAGGACCAGAAGAAGGAGACUGAAUCCAAAGAGUAUGACAGCAAACCCAGAGAGGCCACUAAUGCUAAACCAAGUCUUGUUAAAACACAAGCAAAACAAGAAGUUUCUGUUAAGAAAAUAACUAUGAAAGGUUCCUCAGGUGCCACAAAGACCAGUCGCCCAACUAUUGGUCAAGUUCUCUUGAAACAUGAGGGCAGAAAGCAAGAAGAGGCCCGUAAAGGCAAAGCAACAGUCCUGGUCUCUAAAAAGAUUCUCCAAAAAACUGAUGUCAAGCUUGAUAAGAAAGGAACUGUCAGUAAAACAUAUCCUAAAUCUGACCAACUGAAAGACGAACCGCAUACCAAUGUAACCCAGGGUAAUGUGAAGAAAUCUAAUGCUACGACUAAAAUUGUGACCAUUCUGUCCAAAGGUAUGGGAACAAACAAAACUCGAACAGGAAAGGAGGCCCUGGAGCAGUCCACGUUGGCUGAGAAGAACGUUACUCAGUCAUCUGGACAUAAACGCAUUAAGAUCGUCAAAGUAGAUACCGUAAAUGUGCAAUCUGCUGACAACAGAAACACUGAAGCUGCAAAGGGAAAAGUUACACAGAGGAGUCAAUAUAUAGUGAAUGCAACCAUUGCAGCAACGUCAGACGAGGCUCGAGUUCUGCAGAACAAAACAAGGAUCCAUGGCUCUGGGAUAAGCAGGGGGAUGGGUGGAUUAGGUUCUGUGAAGGUUGUGAACAUCUCCUCCUAUAGCUUCAUCGUCACAUGGUCAGCACCACAAGGGAUGUUCAAGAAUUUCACUGUGAUCAGAAGAGAGCCACGGACAGAGGGCGAUGAAGAUGACCAUGAGGAGUUUGAAGAGGAAGCUCUUGAUGGAGACAAGACAUUCACAGCUAAGAAUCCAGCUGAGGUCCAGGUACAGACUGAGGUCCAGGUACAGUCUGAGAGCACCAACGCAACUGUCUCCUCUGGGAAAACUGUUGGAUCAAGAGGUAAAGCUGAAACCAAGAGGAUUUCCUUGGUGGUCCCUGGCAGCGUACGCUCCGUGGAAUUCAGUAACCUUCGAGCAAACACGCGCUACGUCCUGCACAUAUAUGGUACUGGUGCUGAGCGAAGAUCAAAGAUUCACAGAGUGACUGCAGUUACAGGCCCUGAGCCAGCCACAGAGAUGGUUUUCAGCAAUGUAACAGAGUCUUCUCUUGCUGUGUCCUGGUCCAAACCAAAGACCACAUUCACAGGCUUCAGGGUCACAUAUACCAACAUUGUUACAGGGGAGAGUCGCUUUUUGGUUGUGGACUCUCAGCAGUCCUCCGUGGCUCUGUCCAAGUUGUCUGCUGGAGCCUCCUACAUUAUCUCUGUAACUACUACACAAGGCAGAACCCAGAGUGACGCCCUUAUGUCCAUUAUCACGACAGUGCCCGCCCCUCCAACACAUCUUCAAGUUGUCAAUGUGACGGAUACCAGAGCUGUGCUACAAUGGACACCCAGUCUGGGGAAAGUAGACCGAUUCAUCAUCACCUAUGAGUCCUCCAAGACUCCUAAUGUGACAGUGACAGUGAUGCUGUCUGGAAACUCAGUGGAGCACCAGCUGAGAGGCCUGCAGAGAGGCACCUUGUACACAAUCAAAGUCCUGAGCCAGAAGGACAGUCUCCAGAGUAUGGCCAUCUCAACUACGUUUACUACUGCUAAUGUGGUGAAAGCCAACGAGGUGGGUGCUCGCUCUGCAGUGAUAACGUGGAAAACGUCCACCGUUGUUUAUCACAGCUACAGAGUGAUUUAUCAGGUGGCAGGAGAAGAGACAAAGGAGGUGAUCCUGGACCCAACCGUCACAGAGUAUAAGCUGACAGGGCUGAUACCCAUGUCACGGUAUAUAGUUCUGGUACAAGGCGAGAGAGACAGACACUACACAUCUGUUGUCACCACAGAAUUCAUCACAGGUAAACUACGAUUCCCUUACCCUACUGAGUGCUCUCAGGAGCUGUUGAAUGGAGCUCUGCAGUCAGGAGAGGUGGACAUCUACCCGCAAGGAAAAGAGGGACCAGCGGUCAGAGUCUACUGUGACAUGGAGACUGAUGGAGGUGGCUGGACGGUGUUCCAGAGGAGGAUGAAUGGAAAGACAGAUUUCUACAGAACCUGGAGUGAAUACAGCGCUGGCUUUGGGAACCUGAGUGAAGAGUUCUGGCUCGGAAAUGAACUUCUUCACAAUCUGACCAGCGCCGGCCCUGUGAGUCUGAGAGUGGAUAUGAGAUCUGGAAAUGACACAGCAUAUGCUCACUAUGCCAACUUCUCCAUCGAUUCAGAGGAGAGGCACUUUACUCUUACUGUGUCUGGAUACACAGGAACUGCAGGUGACUCCAUGAGGUACCAUAAUGGCCGUCCAUUCUCAGCCCGGGACAAGGACCCUGAUAGUCUGGGGAUCCACUGUGCCAGGGCCUACAUGGGAGGCUGGUGGUACAAGAACUGCUACAAGACCAACCUCAAUGGUCUUUAUGGCAUGAACAGUAAUAAUCAGGGAGUUGUCUGGAUAGACUGGAAAGGUAAAGACUCCUCCAUUCCCUUCACUGAGAUGAAGUUUAGACCAUCCAGAUUCUCCCCUGCAACUCAUGGCUAAGGAUAAAUCCAUAGGAGGGUGGAUCUCACAGUUGCUGCAUCACUUUUCAACUGAAAUUUGCAUGUGCAGUGGUUUUGAUAGCUGUAAUGACAUUUGAUUCAAUGUGUAAGAUUUUUUUCUGAGCUGUCUUUUUUUUUUGAGGAAGUAUAUCAAAAGAGUGGAGAAAGGUUUUUAAUUGCAACUUUUUGUAUAACUGUUCUACUGUUCUGCCUGACCCGUCCAUUUCAACACAGUUUUAACUCGAAUACCUUCUUGUGCACCGCGAUGCCAUGGUAUGCCACCCCACUACUACUGUAAUUAAAUAUGCACUGUCUCACUCCA